AUGGUCUUGGUAAGACCAACCUUAUAUCGCACUCUAUUGAUUCGUAAGGUGAAUAGCUUCACCGAAAAGGAUGCAUAUCCUCUGCCUCAAAUUAGUGGCAUUUUGAGUAGGUUGCCGAAGGCCGAGUACAUAACUAGCCUUGAUCUAAAGGACGCUUAUUGGCAAGUGCCUUUGGAUAAAACUUCGCGUGACAAGACGGCGUUCACCGUUCCUGGUAGACCCCUCUAUCAGCUUAAACUUAUGCCGUUCGGGCUAUGCAAUGCCACAAGUACGAUGUCUCGUUUGAUGGACAAAGUGGUGCCAGCUCAUCUUAGGAACGAGGUUUUUAUUUACCUAGAUGAGAGGCACCUCGAAGUGCUAAGAGAGGUUGCGCUACAGAUAAGACGUGCAGCUCGAUGGGCUUUGGCCUUGCAAAGAUAUGAUUUCGCGAUUGAGCAUCGCAAAGGUUCGAUGAACGUAGUUCCCGACUCCUUGUCUCGGGUGAACGAAGACGCGGUAGCUGCAAUUGACCUGCGGGAGGGACUUCUCGUGGAUCUAAAUUCUGACCACUUUAAAGUGAGCGCAAAUCAGAAGAAUUUUCCUGAUCUUAGGACCGAUAGCGGUUACAUUUAUCUGAAGGCUGAGCAUUUGACAGGAGAGCAGGUGCACGACGAAUAUGCCUGGAAGCUAUGGGUACCUAAGGAAUUGGUCUCUGAAAUACUGUCUCGUGCUCAUGAUAAUUCGUUGUCUGCUCAUGGUGGGAUACACAAGACCAUUGAGAGUGUCACGGAAAGAGUGUCCACGGAGGCAACCAGGCGGCGGACUGACAGCCAGUGCCAUAGGGCGGUCUGGAAAACCCUUAUAUUUCAUCGGGACUCAACCAGCGGAUCUAGCCCAGCAAGCCGAGUUUGCGUCCUGUCCCGAGGAGCACCCUGGGAGGGGCAGGAUGGACCACUAGGAGAGCAGCAGCAGAAGCAGUAG